CCUGCGCUGACUCCGCCUAGCUGGGAGAUUUCUGGUGUACGCCGGCUUGAGAAAGAAAGCGUACCCCGGCCGCUGAUGUGUGAACUUCCUGCCGUUGGCAUCUUCGUCUUCUCCAAGUUUGCUGUCUGUGUGCGGAGUCAAACAGAGAGAAAUGUCUUCAGCACAGCCGUUUGCAGGUCAAGAGUCAAACCAACACAAGCGUGUAACGGCUCAGUCCAACCCUGGAUUCCUGGAGCGAUUAGGUGAAACUGCAGGAGGAACAGUCGUUGGUAUUGGACUGUUUUUCCUCUCAUUUUAUGUUCUCUUCACCAAUGAGGGACGGGCUCUGCAAACAGCAUACUCCCUGGAUGAGGGUCUUUCUCAGGUUGUGUCGUUGGGUCUUAACCCCAGCCUCGAACUGCAGAACAACAAUCGCUUGAUUCACCUGUCUGCAAAGCUGCGAACCUCACAGCCUCUGCAUGACCCGAACUACAGAGUGGUGGUGCAAGCAGUGAAGCUAAAGAGACAGGUGGAGAUGUAUCAGUGGGUGGAGUAUCGGGAGAGCAAGGACUACCAAGAGAAUGGUGAGACCAAAACCGAGACAACGUACACAUACAAUACCGAGUGGAAAUCAGAGCUGAUCAACAGUCGCAACUUCGAUAAGGAAAUCGGUCAUCAGAACCCAAGUGCUAUGGCGGUCGAGAGUGUCACAGUGGUGGCUCCUGAAGUCGGAGCUGGACCGUUCAUUCUGACUAAAGGUCUUGUGGAGCAGAUAAAUAACUUCCAGACACUGAGUCUGAGGGAUUUUAAUGCUUUGACCUUGGACCCCUUUCUCAGCACCGAUGACGAUUAUUUCUAUCACACUCAAUACCCCCGCAGACCAGAGGUCGGGGAUGUGCGUGUAAGAUUCUCCUUCGCUGGACUGAGCGGUGAGACGUCUCACCUCGGCCCGGCUCAAACUGUCAGUGUUGUGGCCAUGCAGCGAGGGGAUCUGCUGAUGCCGUUUAAAACCAAGGCAGGAGACACUCUGGAGAUGUUGUAUCUGGAGGAGCUCUCUGCAGAGGAGGUUUUUGCGAAAGAACACCAGUACAACAGUAUGAAGACGUGGGGACUCAGGGCUGCAGGCUGGGCCCUCAUGUUCCUUAGUAUUCAGCUGAUGACACGCAUCGUCUACACGAUGGUGGAUUGGGUUCCUCUCCUCAGGGAGCUCGUGUCCGUCGGGCUGAAGAUCUUCGCGUUGUGCGUCUCCUGCUCUUUGUCUCUUCUCACCAUCGGGACCGGUUGGCUUUUUUACCGACCAUUAGUGGCUCUGGCUCUUGGAGCGCUAGCUUUGUUUCCAUUGUUUAUUGCCCACUCAGGACUUGCGUCCAAGAAAAACAAAUGACAAUUAAUAAUAACAUAGUAAUUAUCAAAACAAUCUUUGAUGCCUGGCUGUAGCCGUCCAUCAGAGGAGUGAGACAUUACUGUGUGCAGCUGGACUUUCUUGGGUCAAACAGACAAUCCAUGGUAAUAAGUAAACAAAUUCAGUGUUCAUAAGGAUUUAAACAUAAUUUUUAUUAAUAAUUCAAAAAGGGCAGCACUUGAGCAUCCUGGAAACAUAUUUCUGGAUAAAACCACUCCUGAUGUCCUAUCGGACACAAGUAGACGCCUUUGGUGUUGCCUUCAGACCUUUAAAAGUGUUCAUUCAUCCAUAAGCCUCACUGUUUUACUUGAUAUUUUGUUGCUAAAAGAUGCGCUGAGAAUCUUUAUGUUGCUCGGAGUGAGCAACAUAAGAUUGCUGUAGUAUAUAAAUUGCAAAAGACACAGUUGCUAGUUUAUUAAGUACGCCUCGCUAAAAGUAAUGCACUUAAGGGAAUUUGCUCAUAAGUCACAUUUUCAUUUAGGAAAAUGAUGAAUGUCACGUGUUUUUCAAAACACUUUGUGUGGACAUAAUGCCAAAGAACUGUAGGUGGUUGGGUUUUUUUUGUAUUGUAAGCGUUGGGUUAUUGGUUUUUUUUUGCAUCUAUGUUAAAUAAAGCACUUUUGUGUGCAUCAACUUCAGACCUAAAUGGCUUAUGUGUCUAACUGACGUGCAGGUCGAGAUGAAGUAGUAAGUACAGGAAGUCGAGCGUGAACCACAAGCUUAUCACAGAGAUACCAGUGGUGUACAAAUCAGCCAAUAAACUAAAA